GGAUUUUUUCCGUUCUGCUUAAUUUAUAAGCAAAAGUGAGCAGCGUUCCAAACGAACUGCUGUGGUUUAAAAUUAAUCAAUUAAAACACAAACUUAAAAUUAAAAACGGAUUAUACCCGAUGAUAAUGCCAUUAAAAGAACUUCCUGUUACGAUGGUUCAUAUGUGUUGAAACUAGCACCCUGCAACAAAUGUUUUGGGGAGAAAAGAACAAAAACAAUCAAGCGGUCGAUAAAUAAAUAUUGAACACGUACUUUUCUUAUGAAAAAUACACCUCAUUCUGCAUAUAACCACAUAUGUGCGAAAAAGGCUUAGAGUUUGUCGUUUUGAGAGUAUACUAAGUCAAAUAUUAUAUUUCACCUUGUAUGGUUGAUUUAACAACUCGGUUUGUACAAUAUCAAUACCUUUGAUACAUUUCGUGAUAUAUAGAACUUGCUAGCUCUGUUUGAAUCGAAAGAGGCAUUUUUAACAAGAGUCGAAAAACAACAACAGCAAUAUUACAAACGGAAUUUCUUAUACAUUGCACGUAUAUCUGUAUGUAUAUAUUUAAAAUUAAUAAGUUUGAAAUAACAUAUAUUUAGAGGUGAAAAAAAAAGAAAAAGAAAAAAAGAAAAAAAGAAAACCGAGCGAGCCGCAAUUAUAUACAUACAGAUAUUACAUAACUCCCCGUCAUACAUCUACAAUCUACAAGGAUUACAACAAGGAUCAUAUAACAUGAAGCAUAAUUCAUAGGAAUAUUAUGUAAAAAUUGAAAAUAAAUGAACAAAGAAAAAAAAAAAGAAAAAAAAAAGAAAGCUUAAGAAGAACAAUUUUGAAUACAAUAGAAGAGGAGAAGAGAACUUAAACUUAAACUUAAAAUAAUGAGUGUUAUAAUACGUUUACAAAACUUGCCGUGGUCGGCAAAUGCUUUGGAUAUACGGCAAUUUUUCAAAGGUCUCUCGAUACCAGAUGGUGGCGUUCACAUUGUCGGCGGAGAAAUGGGCGAUGCUUUUAUCGCAUUCAGCACUGAUGAGGACGCACGGCUGGCAAUGAUGCGUGAUCGUGAACUUAUAAAUGGUGUGCAAGUUCGCCUAUUAUUGUCUUCGCGUGCUGAAAUGCAAAAGGUUAUUGAAACAGCACGUCAGCAAUCAUUGUUAGCUCUUAAGAGUGCGGGCGCAGUCAUUACACCAAAAGUAAAUACGCCUUCAGUACAAACAGUUACAGCAACUGUAGCAACUACCGCACCGAUCCCACCUCAACCACCCGUGAUUACCGCUAGUAGUUUUCAAAGCAUCCUUUCGACAUCAUCGUUUUUAGCGUAUCAACAGCAAGCGGGAAUUAAGCUAGCGCCUGAUCCGAUUAAUAAACAUCCAGAUGAAUCAGUGGCUACUGUGCAACAUAAUACAGUAGAAACGAAUCCCACCAGAGAGCGUCGCCGAUCAAGUUCCAGAGACCGCAGACGGUCACGGUCCCGAUCAAGGGAACGUAGUUCGGGCAGACGUCGACGUGAACAAAGUCGUUCCCGGUCUCGAGAACGUGAAUGGAGAAGCAGCAGACGAUCUCGUAGAUCUCGCAGCAGAGAACGCAGUCGUGAUCGUAGCCGCGAACGUAGCCGCGAUAAAAGUCGCGACCGCUCCCGUAGCUUACGCAGCAGCCGUGAUUACGAUCGGGAAACGCGAUCUACUAGCGCUCGUGUUUCCGACCUCGAAAGUAAACCAAAACAGCCACACAUCUCGCCAUGGAGCAUUCCUUUAACGAACACAUAUCAAAAUAAUUACAGCGUGGAAGCGACCAAUUCUCUAGGCAAUCUCUCUCAGCUAAAUCAGACCACUAAUAUUGGUAGUGCGUCAAGCACAGAGCAAAAUUUAAGUAAAUCCAUUGAUAAUUUAAGCAGCACACUACAGGCCAAUGCUACGACCACUUGUUUAACAGCAUUUCAAAACUGCACCACAGACGAAUCAAGAACGAAAUUAUCGUCAAAUAACAAUAAUUACAGUUUAAGUAAUUUCCUGACUGGUUCCAAUACUACUGAUGUUUUUAAAAGCUUUUCACUGCAAAAUCCCUAUACGACGCUAAGUACAAGUACGGCCCAAGAUCCAUUGAAAAGUUCGGUUACGGCCGUAACGACAAAAAGCUCCACAAUUCCGGGAAUUUUUGUUGAGAAGAAGUCGGAAGUUAACGCGCCAGCGACAAAUAUAUUUCCAACCGUUGUGACCUCCGGCAGUUUACCUCAGGAACCAAUUACCUUCGCGAGCACGAAUCCGUACGAGAAAAUGUAUCCGACAUUAUUUGCGCAAGCAGCAGCCCUAAACAGCGGCCAAAAGUUGCAAACAAAUACAAAUGUGCAAACUACGAUAGCAGAAUCAAAUCCACUGCCCAUUGGUGAUAAUAAACACAAAGAAGUCGCUACAACCUGUAUCAAAAUAACGAAUAUGUGUGGGAGCACUACUUAUAGCGAUUUGCGAAAAUUUUUCGCAGGUUUCUUUAUACCGCAUAAUGGCAUCAAAAUGAUCAACGAUAAACAUGGUUUACGAAUUGGUGUCGCCUAUGUGCAGUUCUCACGUCAAACUAGUGUUCCAAAAGCUUUAUGCAGAAACAAUACUAUGCUUAAGAAUAAACUUGUCAAUAUUGUAUCCGUUUCUGAGGACGAAUUCGACAAGGCCGAAGAUAGUUACCGUCCAAUGCAACGAGACAAGUCACAUUACAGUGGGGACCAGGAUGGUAGCAAUUAUUCAAAUGAUUCUACGACAGGUAGUACGGGUACGAGUCAGGGGAAAAAUCAACCCUAUAGCGUGCUCUAUAUUGAAGAUAUCCCUUCACUAGCCACCGAACAGGAUAUUAUGAAGAUGUUUAGCUCAUACACUUUGUACGAUAUUCUGCUAAUAUGCAGUCCGGAAAAUAGACGAGAGUAUGUGGCCUAUGUGCGAUUUUCGCGAGAAGAAGACGCGAAGGCAGCUUUUGAAGAUCGAUCAAGGCAUCAGAUUGGUUAUCGGAGAGUGCGUGUACGUCCCGGCGAUUUAGAGGACAUGGAAAGAGCCAAAGAGAAGAUUCGCCUGGCCAAUGAACAACUAAUAAAGGAGGAACAAGCUGCAGCGGAAGAGUUGGCGAAAACAAAAGAAAAAAAUAAGAAUAUAGAGAAUGAAAACAUGAAAGAGGUGGAAAGCAUGGAUUUAACAAGAGAUGAUGACGAUGAUGACAAUAUUCUAGCCGCUCAUCAGCAGCAGAAAACUGAGAAUGAAGGAAAUGACGUUGAAAUGAGCAAUCACCAAAAUCUUGAAAGAACUAAUCCAUCUGAGGAGAAAUACAACAAUUAUGGCGCUGGAAACGAAUAUGACAAAUCGUGCAUAGAUGCCGUAAAUUAUAAUAAGGAAUCAGAUUCUAGUAGCGCUCGAAACGGCGUCCCCAGCCUGUUUGACUUAAAUUUGGACACGCGUAAAGAAGUCAGAGAAAAUGCACCUAACGAUCCACGUUUAAGAAAGCAGCGCGAAUCUACAGAUAAUAUAUCAUGCUCCCAGGGUCAAUCUUCUAACCAAUCAACCAAUAAUAACUUUAAUAAUUUCAAUCCAAGUUUCAAUAGCCAGCAAAAUGCAGGACAAUACUUUUCAAACAGUAUAGAGAAGAAUUUUGUAAUUUUAAAGAAUUGUGAAUACAAUACGCGUAUUAACGACGUAGCUCAGCUAUUUUUGUCGGGAAAUUUGGCUUUAAAGCACGUUGAGCUUUUGCGUAAUGAGCGCCAACUCCCCACAGGAGAGUUUAUUGUAGAGUUUCGUAAAACGCAGGAUGCCGAUGCGGCUGUUAAGAACUUUCAUAACAUACAGUUUCGUAAUCGCGGUUUGCGCGUGUACCCGAUAACACCUCAAGCAAUUGCAGAUCGCUUAGGUAAACCAUUUCUGCAUUAUUUUCCUGGUGGCAAUGGACCACGCAUAAACGAUAGCGGCAACAUAAAUUAUAGUUCGAAUCAAGAUAAUUCCAAUAGUAAUUUCCCGGCAAAUUCAUUGUUUAAUAGCCGGGGUGGAAUAAAUAACGCACGCGGCAGCGGAGGUAAUCCGUUCAGUGGUCCAAUGCGUAAUAUUGGAAGGCAUGAGCUUUCAAAUGAUGGGACAGGUUCAGGCAAUGAAAAUGAAGGUAGUGGUACUGGUAUACCGGAAAAGUUUAAUCGUCCUGGUUGUGUCCUUGCCAUGGAGAAUGUCCCAUAUAAAGCACAAAUCAAAGAUAUUUUAUAUUUCUUCAAUGAAUUCGACUUAACGCCCGAUGACGUUAUACGACGUUUCAACGAUGAUGGUUCACCUACAGGAGACGCGCGUGUAGCAUUUGCCACAGCGGACACAGCAAGAGCAGCAUUUACUUCAAGACGGCGUAAACAAAUUUUUAAACGUACCAUACAUUUAAAAAUUCUUUAAGAAACUCGAUCAUCUCGGAUUAAUGGAUAUAGAUAAAAUGCAUAUACAUUAGGUGGAAGGAUAUCAUUAUCAUAUGCUUGCGUAUUACCAAAAAAACACAAAACUGAUUAUUUUGGCAAAUAAUUCCAAUUUAUUAUCAAAGCUUAAAAUUGUUUCGCUAGCUCCAAAUAAUGCCUACAUUGUUUUAGAUGUAAAAAGUAAAAAGGCUAUCGUCGCCUUACGGCGAAUCUGAUUAUCCUUCACAUAAUGCAGUUUUUAUUUGGAAUGAUGAAUGAGCGCCUUUAAUUAGAAAGGAAGAUUGAUUGGUUGGGGAUCAUUCUUUCAAUGAAAACUUGCAUAAAAGUUGUUUUGGUUUUUUUUUUUUUUUGCAAUGGCGGCUAUAUGUUUUAGACUCAUUUGUAGACAGAGUUG